CUUUUGUUUCAUCAAAAAGAACUUUACUUUUGUUAUAGUCCGUACAGAAAAAGCAAAGUGGGUAAUUGCACUUUCGUUAAGGUAUUUGACCAUUUGCUGGAGUCGCUCUCUCUUCUACAAUUCGACGCAAAAGAGAAGGAGAGAGAGAGAGAGAGAGAGAACUCAGAUGGGUGUGCCGUCGUUCUACCGGUGGUUGAAAGAGAAGUACCCGAACGUUGUGGUUAAAGCUACUGAAGAUGAAGGAGAGUGCAUCAACACCUCCUUGCCAAACCCUAACGGCAUAGAGUUUGAUAAUCUCUACCUCGAUUUGAAUGGCAUUAUCCACCCCGGCUUAUGCCCCGAGGAUCAACCUAGCCCCCCAGAAACGUUCGAAGAUGUAUUCAAUAAUAUCUUUGACUACGUUGACAACCUUUUCAGCAUCGUAAGACCACGGAAGUUACUUUAUAUGGCGAUCGAUGGAGUUGCUCCAUGGGCAAAAAUGAAUCAACAACGAUCUAGACGUUUUCGGACUAUUAAGGAAAGGGAAAGAAAUGAUGCGGAGAUAGAGAGGCUAAUGAAUGCGUUUGUAAUGGAAGGAAAACCGGUUUAUGAUCUUCUUCAUAAAGACGAAUCUGAAGUUAUUUUAGAUUCCCAUAUGGUCACUCCAGGCACAGAAUUUAUGUACAAAUUUUCCAAGGCCCUCAGAAGCUAUGUUAUUUCACGUACAAACAGUGAUCCAGGCUGGAGGGACAUCAAGGUUAUUAUUUCUGAUGCCAAUGUUCCUGGUGAGGGUGAACAUAAGAUAAUGUCUUUUAUUCGCCAGCAGCGAAACGUUAGUACUGGAUAUAAUCCAAAUACGAGGCACUGCGUCUGUGGUCUGGACGCUGAUCUGAUAAUGCUUGCUUUAGCAGCACAUGAAGUUCAUUUUUCCAUUUUGAGAGAGGAGCCUCCAACAAUCGAUGAAAGUUCAGUGAAGAAAAGGGCAUGGUUUAAAAAGCCUUUUGAGUUUGUACAUAUAUGGAUUCUGCGGGAAUAUUUGGAGCUUGACAUGAAAAUAUCUGACCCUCCACCCAAUCUGGAGAUAGAUCUUGAGCGGAUAGUUGAUGAUUUCAUUUUCAUGUGCUUUUUUGUGGGCAAUGAUUUCCUACCCCAUAUGCCUUCCUUAGAAGUUCAUGAGGGUGCUAUUGACUUAUUGAUGACUGUUUACAAGGAGGAGUUCAAGAACCUUGGUGGCUAUCUACUUGACAUGAGCAGGCUUUCUGAUUCUAAAGAUAAAAGAAACGGAUAUAUAAACCUCUCCAGAGUCGAGAAGUUCAUUCUUUUAGUUGGCUCAUAUGAAGAUAAAAUUUUCAAGAAAAGAAUAGAUCGUCGCGAGCGCCAACUUAGAUACCUUUGCAAUGAUUCAGAUAAACAAGAUGAUCAUGAAGGUCAUGCAUUAUCCAGUGAGAAAGCUCCUACUUCCAUAGAUUCAGCAGAUAUUUCUGAAAUUGAUAAAAACACAGACGAGUUGAUAGAAAAGUUCAAUAAGAAUAUUCGCAAGAACAUUGACCUAUUUAAGAAUGGUCAAUUCGUAGACAAAGUGAGACUGGGUACUGCUAGCUGGAAAAAAAGAUACUACAAAGAGAAAUUUUCUGCAAAAACCUGGAGGGAUAUUGAAAGCCUAAGAAAAGAACUUGUAAAGAAGUACACUGAAGGACUAUUGUGGGUUCUUCUGUAUUAUUUUUCAGCAGUCCCAUCGUGGUCAUGGUUUUACCCAUACCACUAUUCACCAUUUGCGUCAGAUUUGAAGGGCCUUGCUCAGGUCAGCGUAGAGUUUCAAAAGGGUUCCCCAUUAAAACCAUUUGAUAACCUAUUGGCUGUACUACCCAUAAAGAGUGCUCAUGUACUUCCCAAAGUUUACCAGGCUCUGAUGACAGAUGCAGAGUUCAAGCUUAUUGAUUUUUAUCCUAUUGAUUUUGAUGUCGAUCUGGAUGGAAAACGUUUUAUGUGGCAGGGGAUCUCCAAGCUCCCAUUUGUAGGGGAAGAACGCCUUCUAUCUGAAACUAAAGAAUUAGAGGGAGGUCUACUGGGGGAUGAAGCAUUGAGGAAUGGAAACAAUGUUGAUCAGUUAUAUGUGAGUAGCACACACAAGUUGGCAUUGCAAAUUUUGUCACUUUCCCCAAAUGAAAACGAAGUGGUUGAGAUCGAUACCAGUAUGAGUGAUGGUAUUUCCGGUUUUAUUCAUCUUCCUAACGAGGAUAUUGAAAUAGUUCACAGGGAAGUCCAUAACAGCAUUGAAGAGAACUGUGCCCUAUGUGUGUCUUUUGAGAUGCGUGAUGAUGUACAUAUUCCCGGCUUACUUGAUGGUGUUAUCCUUCCAAUUAAGAGUAUUACCGAAGAGGAUAUUAACGAAACAAAACUUUGGCAUGAAUACUAUGGUAGCAAACCCUCCAACAGAUUGCAGAACGAAAGAAGUAGAAAAGCAUAUAAUAGCACAAAUUCUGUUUCAAGCAUCUCCCCUAAGAUGAUUCAUGAAGGCUAUCUAAGUAAAUUUACUACAGAUUCAUCUUCUAAGGUGAUAUAUAAAGGUGCUGGUAGAGGAAAAGUGAAUGAUACUUCCAAUAUAAACAAACAUAUUGAGAGUAGAGAAAGAGUCAUAUUACCUAGAAAUGGUGAAACAUCUGGCACAAAAAAUGUGCGGCAGCAGAGAAUAAAUUUCAGGGAUCAUAGUCAUUAAGGGAGGGGACAGCAUGGGGCAACAGUUUCUCCAACUUCCUCUUGGAAACACAGUUCUGCUACCAGCUCUGUGCAGGGCCUUGGCAGAAGCCCACAUUCUUCUGUCGAGGAAAGUGGCAGCCACUGAAUGUACAUUUUCCUGACAUUCUUCCAACGAUGCGGGGGUCAUUAAAUGUGCUAGUCAAGUGCUUUGUAUAUACCUUUUCUGAUUUUAAGUUUCUUUGACUGAGACUCAUGUGCUAUGACAUGUCUAAGUUGCUACAUUUGUAACUGAUCUCAUUUCCGGAAAGGCCCUUCAUGCAUGUAAAAUGAUAGGUGAUGUGAUCGUCAGAUGCUUAUUUCUUUUUGGCUGAAAGUAAGUUCUUAGCGGUUGGCACCAAAGUA